AUGUUGCACAGCGGAAGGCUCUUUGUCUGGCCACGAUCUAAGCAUAUCGGCAUGGGUCGCGCGCGUCACGUUGACCGUUUGGGCGCGCAGAUCAGACAACACUUGCCAUGUUGCACGAGAGUACAGUGGCUUUCUCAUGGCAUCAUCCGAGCCAGCGUAAAGGUGCUGCUCGCACAACAGGCAGCCUGGAGUGCAGCGUCGACAGGCCUGCCAUACCGUAUCGGUCUUGCGCUGCUGUAUCUCCCGAAGCUGAUCGUCUUUUGCGAGUGCAUGACACAGUCGCCGUGGGUCCACGUACGGACCAGCUUUGUGCCGCUAGGUCUGGAAACUGACGUCAAAAUGACCGAUGGAUCAUCUUGA